UUUUCCGAUUUAAUUUUUGUACCGUAGUACUAUUUGUUGUAUUUGUUUCGUAGCCCAAGCCCAAAUUUGAGAGGCCCACUUUGAUAAAUGGUCUGUUAAAAAAAAAAAUAGCUAAGCAAAAAAAUUAAUUUGUUAAACAUUACUAAAGUUACGUACAAUUUCUUCUCACGAAAGGUUGUCUAUCUUCCGUAUUUAUUUGCACUGUGACUUCUGAGUUAUGAGACUUAUUAUGACUGAGUGACCUCAUAUCAUGUGACAGUACUGAGCCUUUAAAACAAAAUUAAUAGCCAAAAACCCUAUCGUGUAGUCUAUAUGAGUGGUCACCUUUGUGCUUACAAAAAUUGCUGAGCUGUUUCCCAAUAUUUUAGGAGAAUCUAGGGUUCGAGAUGGCUCCCAAACCAAGCGAGAGCGAGACCAAGGAUGGAUCUUCAAGCGAAACCCAAUCGGCGGAGGCCAUGGAAAUAUCCACGGGCGAUGACUCUUCUUUGCUGGGGAAGCGUAAGGUCGAAGCCACCAACCUGGAGGAUCCCGGUGAAAACGAAGAAGGUGUGGACGACGAGGAUGUCAUAGAUGAGGAGGAUAAGGAUAGUGAUAGUGAUCCCGAAUGGGAUAAGGAUAGCUUCGAUGGCCGGGAGUAUCAUUCUUCUGAUGAUGAGAGAGAGUAUAUCGACAAGGACCUUGAGAAGAGGGCCCGUUUUUACAAGCGCACGGUCAUCGAAACCAAGGGUUUUUUUCAGGCAACUAAGGAAUUCCCACCUUACCUCUGGGGUGGAAUUGCUACAGUCCCUGGUCUGGAUAAAAAGAUGCGUAGUACAGGUGUGACAGUUCGUCAGUUUCUAGCAAACAUGGCAUCUCUUUGUCUUGACAAAUAUAACAAACACAAGGUAACAACAUCUCUCUCUACUUUGGGUUUUCUUUCAGAGUCCUCCUAGGUAAUAUGAGUAUAUGACCCAUUCUUGUCUCUUGUUUCCAGGGAUUUAAUGUGAAGUUGGAGCAUGUUUUGAGGGCUAAUUUCAACCCAGGGGGCAUCACAACGUACUACAUCACUUUUGCUGCAAGAGAGUAUGAUUCUCUUGAUGCACCUCUAGUGGAGUAUCAAGCUAAGGUGGAUUGGGCUGCAGGCGGCAAGACUUAUCCCAUCCUUUGCAGACCUACUUCUCCACCUAAAUUGGGUGAUAUUUGCCACCUCUCCUAUUCAGAUUUCAACAUGUAUAGUUUUGUAUUUUAUUUUUAUUUUUGUCAACUUUCUCCGUGCAAAUUAAAUGACUAGAACAACAGAGACACCCUUCAGUGAGAAACCAGACUUUACUUGAUUAUAUAAUCUUUUUCACC